CGGGUCCGAAUACAGCAAAACCACCACCCCAACAACAAAACCAACGAAACCAACCACGCAACCAACCUCCAAAUCAAUACUAACCCUCCUCCUCCUUCUGACAGCCCCCUACAUGCUCUGGAAGCUCCUCUGCCUGAUAACAGGCUCCUCAAUCCCGAUAAUGGUGGUGAUAUCCGAAUCCAUGGCACCCGCCUUCCACCGCGGUGAUAUCAUCUUUCUCUGGAACCGGUCGAAGCUCGUGAAUGUGGGGGAUAUCCCGGUUGUUUGGUUUAGGAGUCAACCGUUGCCGAUGGUGCAUCGUGCGGUGCAGGUUUUUGGGGAUGGUGUUGUGCAACAUAUUUUGACGAAAGGGGAUAAUAACUAUAUCGACGAUGUCGGGUUGUAUCCACCUGGACGAUCGUGGGUGCGGAGAGAUGAGGUCGUUGGUAUUGUUAAGGGAUAUUUGCCAUCGUUGGGGUGGUUGACUAUCGCUGCGAACGAAAUGCCUUGGUUACGGGGAAUGGGGAUCGUUUUUGCUUGUCUUAUAGGGAUGGUUUCAAACUAAUGUACGAGAGGUUUCUUUUAUGUUCAAUCUCAGAAAUUAUGCAUUGCAUUAACUCGUAACGUUUUAUCCAUCAUGAUGGUAUGCCUGCAAACCAAACAUGCAACAUGCUACUUAUACAUCCGUCUAUUUAUCUAUGCUUUGGACUGGUUCAAUCUC